UUUAAAACUCGGCUCAAAACCAUAAUUUUCAUCGAUCAAUAUUGAUUGUUUUUGCUUGUAAAAUUUGUGUGUGUGCCACACAGCUUCUAGUUGACUGUUUUGCAAUAUUUUAUAUUUUAUUUUUUUCACUUACACCCUCCAGCCGCUUAAGCAGAAUUCUACAUUGCUUAACAUGGCACACAGGCAUACAGACAUGUAAAAACCGAAUUCGCUUCUACACUCACUCAUGGGAGAUAGCAUUUUGCUCGUCGACAAUGCGUAAUUGUAGGGCGUUUUGUAAGUCUUCCAUGGAAUUUAGCGCUUAGUCAAAGACGUGGUUUUGUGACAAGACGUUCUCGAAAAGCAUUUUCGCGGUACUCUAAAAAAAUAUUUAUAUAAAAUAUAUACAAAAUCCUAUAUUUAACUCAAGAAAUGUUUUGGCAGUGCAUCAUGAACUCUACAUACGCAUAGUUUAUUAACUAUUUCAAACUUUUUGCAAAUUUACUGUGUUUACCAAAAACAAAACACGUUUACGGACCGAACAUGGACACUGACAGUGAACGCGAGCGAAGUAGUGAUCCCAAUCUGAUAGAGAGUAGCGAUAAUCGCACAUUUCAUGAUGGCGACGAAGGCGAUGACGUUGAUUCCUCGGAACCGGAAUACGGGGAGGAUAUUGGGGAUAUGCGAGACAUUGACUGCGGCGCCGUAAGUGAUGUCGAAGAUUAUGUUGAUAGUGAUGCAAACGACGAUGGUGAUGAUGACGACGAAGGUGAUGAUGACGACGAUGGUGAUGGGCGCGGUGAAAGAGCUUGUCUCUUAGUUACAGAUACGAAAAAGGUCAAGUGUAAUAGACGUUCGCGGAGUAAGCAACGUGUAAGAAGACGAGUGCAACAUUCACGCGUAGAAAGUGUAGAGAAAACGCCACUCAAAUCAAGUAAAUUGAGAAACAACAAUAAAAGUGCCAAACAGGCAGUUAAGGACUUGUCUGAAGAGGACGAAGAGAAAGUACCGCUGACUCUAAAAAAAUACUCGACCGACGAAUGUCAAGAAGAGCACGUGAAACCGACUUUCGAGCUAGUCGUUGACGAGACUGAUAACGCGAAACCUAAUCCACCAAUUGAAGUGCACACAGUGAAAGUAAUAAAAAUAAGCGGAAAUUUGGGUGACAGCUCUGAGGAAGAAGACGUUGAAGAACCAUUUAAGAGCUUAGAAUAUACUGUGGAGGCAAAAACCACAAAUUCAAACGCAAUCACCAAUUCGUCAAACGUUUUAAGCGAUGCCGUACAAGUGUACGUAGAAAUCCAUGCGAAUUGCAAAGAACACACUGCGUUGUUAGAAGAGCCACCCGACUGUGCUGCCAACAAUAAAUUAGAAAAAGAAUCGGUUGCAGGUAUUACAACUGCCAUUGAAGUGGUGCAAGAGAAAUCUACAACAGACGAAGAAGUCAACGCAAAGGCUGAAAAUAACGAACAGCAAUCGAGCAAACGGCCAGCUCCCAAAUCGGACCCUGGUGCCAGCCUCAAUGACGACUUUAGCGCCAACAACGGCGAUAGCGACGACGACGGUAGGCGCAAAAAUUUCGUCGACCAGGUCAACGGCGUAGAUUCGACCGCGCAAUGUUUAGAUACAAAAAGCGAACCAGAAGACGCACGCAACACCAACAGCAUCAACAACACAGCCGCAACUGCCGCAACCGCCUUGGCGGACGAAGAAAAUUGGCGCGACCGUGUGCGCGAAUCCAUUGAGUGUUACUACUCUGCGCAGGAUUUGCUCGAGUACGGACAUCUCUUGAGUAGUGGCCUUAAAACACCGGACAUCGAGUCCGGUUACUUUGAAAAGUCCGAAUCGGAUGUUUCGCGUGAUGAAAACGAAACGUAUACGAAUAGCGUAAGCAAUAGAAUAAGACAACGUUCAUUUUCGAAGCCAUACAGUACACAAUUGACGAAUAUGUCGGAGAGUUUACGUUUCGAAUUGAAUCGAUUCAAAUCGAUGAUCGAGUCGAUCGAACGUGAACGCAUCUAUGGCCAAACGUCGGAGGGCAGACAAUAUACAAUCGACUCGGUAAUGCGUGCAGAAGAGAGUUAUAAUGAAGCUAUGGAAGCUGAAGUGGCGGAGGCAGCAGAAGCUGUUGCCGAUACGGUGUCAAUUACAGUGACGCGCGCCGAGUUUGCUGAAGCGACGACAGCUAUGGAUGUGGAUGAAGAAGGUGACAUGGAUGUAGAGGGUGCAGUUGGCGGCGAUAGCGGCGGUGACGAUGAUACGCGUGGCUAUUGGUCUACAAUAUUUGGACAAGCCAGUCAAAUUGAGGCGACCACGCCGGAAAUGACGUUAGACGAACGUUAUGCCGAUAUACAAAAAGCACAUCGUGCCCUCGAAUUAUUGGAAGACUACCACUCGAGACUUUCGGAGCNAACACUAGUUAUCAUCAGCAUGUUCGGCACUUUGCAAAAUUACUUGAGCGGCGUGCAGCGCGCCUGGUCUGUGGCGGAUGGUGAGACGAUGGCAUCUUUUAUUUCACUCAAAGACAAGCAUAUAAUGAAUCGUAAUUUAUAUGUGGAGUGUCCAGAGAAUGCCGUGGAACGUAUGCUGGAUCCGCCCAUUGAUGAGAUUGUUUGUGCGCAUCUAAAAGUACUCUAUUUCUUGGGCUUGGAAACUCGCGAUUUUAUGCAAGCUUAUCGCCAACAAUCACAAUGCAUACAAUCUGUUGUGAAAAUGUUGCAACAGUUGAAGGAGGAGAACUGGUGUCUUCCCAUAAUGUACACAACCUGCUUGGAUUUGCGCAUAUUAGCGCAAAAAUGCGAAGAACUUGGCAGCAGCACCAAGCCAGGGGAAAUUCUUGAGAAGGCCGCAGACUGCCUAAUGAGCUGUUUCCGUGUAUGCGCCGCAGAUAAUAGAUCUUCGGAUGACGACACUAAACGCCUUGGCAUGCUCAACCUUGUUAAUCAGCUAUUCAAAGUCUACUUCCGCAUCAACAAAUUGCAUUUGUGUAAGCCAUUGAUACGCGCCAUCGAUAGCAGCACCUUCAAAGACUCCUUCCCAUUGCCAGAACAGAUAACAUAUAAAUAUUUUGUAGGCCGUAAGGCCAUGUUCGAUUCAGACUAUAAAAGCGCCGAUGAAUUUCUAUCAUUUGCGCUGCGCAACUGUCCACGCAAUUUCCCACGCAACAAGCGGCUCAUACUAAUCUACUUGGUGCCGGUGAAGAUGCUACUUGGCUACUUGCCCAAGAAGGACAACCUCGAACGUUUUGACCUACUACAGUUUCAUGAACUUGCUGUCGCUUUAAAAGAGGGCAAUGUUCGCAAAUUCGAUGAAGUUAUACAACGUCAUGAGAUAUUCUUCAUCAAAUGCGGCAUUUAUUUGUUGGUUGAAAAAUUGAAAUUCAUUGUCUAUCGCAAUCUCUUCAAGCGUGUGUACAUAAUCAAACAGACGCAUCAAUUAGAUUUGCGGGCAUUUCAAGCGGCAUUGCAAUUUGUCGGCGAAACAGAUGUGAGCAUCGAUGAAACGCAUUGCAUAGUGGCUAAUUUGAUUUUUGAGGAUAUUCAAGAAUUCUAUGAAUUAACACUGCUGGAUGACUCAAAGACAAUACAGCAGAAGACAGCCGAAACGUUGCAAAUCGCCAGCAAAUGGGAACAGGAUGGCCAUGCAAUAAAAAUCGCUGAUUUUAUGAGAAAUUUUAAUCGAAAUUAUGCAUUUGCCACGGAACCAAUAUCCGAUCCAAAACAAUUACAUUCGAUAAAUCCGCUCGGCGAUGGCACUGGUGUGGAUGAGUUGCUGUUGCAAGGAAGCACACCUAGGCCAAUAAUACCUAAUGUGAUGUCACUUCCUAUGUGGUGGAAGCACGUUUGGGUGACGCAUCGCGCGCUGCGUCCAAUAUUCGGUCGACAUAAUCGCCCAGCAGAGUCGGUAAUUCGAGCAGCCAUGGAUCGGUUUCGCACAGAGAUGCCGUACAGUGCGCACCGAAGACGCUAUUGCUGCUGUGAAGCAGAUCCUCGACGACGACCCAAAUGUGUCCAUCCGUCAUCGCGCGCAACAAUUGGAGCUGUGCCCAUCCACUUUAUGGAAGAUUUUGCGGAAGAAUCUUGCCGAACGACCAUUAAGCGCGUCGCACAAUGGGCCCAAAACGAGAUGGCCACCAAUGCCGAUUUUCACAAGAAAAUUUUGCUCAGCGAUGAAGCUCACUUUUGGUUGAAUGGGUAUGUUAAUAAACAAAACUGUCGCAUUCGGAGUAAUGAUAAUCCACAAGCCAUUGUUGAGACGCCGUUACAUCCUCAAAAAGUCACUGUUUGGUAUGCUCUAUGGGCAGAGGGAAUCAUUGGUCCAUAUAUCUUCAAAAGUGAAGCCGGCCAUAAUGUUACAGUCCAUGGGGUGCGCUAUAGAGCCAUGACUAAUGACUUUUUCAUGCUUGAAUUGGAGGAUGUUGAUGUGAACGACCUUUGGUUCCAACAAGACGGCGCUACAUGCCAUACAGCCAACGAAACAAUGAAUUUAUUGAAGUUAAGAAAUCGUAAAACAAUCAUGAUUGACUGGGUGUCAAUCGUGCGACAUUCGCGUCGACGCUUUUCUAAUUACGUCGGUGCGCGUUCGCCGGUGCGUAUACGUCGUCGAAGAAGGCAGUUGGUGGCGCCACCGGCAGCAGCAGCAGCACCAGCAGCAGCCACAGCACAAACACCAACAACUGGCAAGCAUGCAAGCAACAGUGCAACAACACCGGUCGGUGGAGCAAAGACGCCCACCACUAGUAGCGGGGCGAGCAAUAGUGGUCAAAAGGGUAACAGCAACAGCAAUGGUGGCGGCGGUGCUCAGUAUGCCUGCUGCUGCGCUAAUAAUCAGCGCAUGAAAGUCGAUGGCGACAGCGAUGCACCCAAAGAGAGCGCAGGAGUAAGCGGUACAGGCGCUGCGGCAGCAACUGAAGGCGUCAGCGUCAAUGUUGCCAAGGCGGCUCGUUCACCUGAAGCGGCGUCCCAGCAUAAUCGCCAACAGCAGCCUGGUAGUGCUAAUGUGGACACUGCAAGCAGCGAAGCUGUGAACGGUGAUGAGAGUUGGCAAUAUGAGGAUAUAACAUUGGAGCGUGGCAAUUCUGGGCUUGGAUUUUCGAUUGCAGGCGGUACAGACAAUCCUCACAUCGGCACGGACACAUCCAUCUAUAUAACGAAACUUAUAGCGGGCGGUGCCGCCGCAGCCGAUGGCCGUUUGUGCAUUAACGAUAUCAUUGUAUCGGUGAAUGAUGUUUCUGUGGUUGAUGUGCCACACGCGUCCGCUGUGGAUGCGCUUAAGAAGGCCGGCAAUGUGGUAAAAUUGCAUGUGAAAAGAAAACGUGGUGGUGGCGGCGGUGGCGGUGCUGGUGACGCUACUGCCGCCUCAUCGGCCACCUUGCCGCGGAGUGCUGCCGCUGCAGCGGCUGCUGCUGCCGGUCCGAAAGUGGUCGAGAUCGAUUUGGUGAAAGGCAGCAAAGGUUUGGGCUUUUCCAUUGCCGGCGGUAUUGGUAAUCAACAUAUACCGGGCGAUAACGGUAUCUAUGUGACGAAAAUCAUGGAAGGCGGUGCCGCCGCGGUUGAUGGACGCCUGUCGAUCGGCGACAAACUGAUUGCGGUGCGCACAAAUGCGGCCGAAACCAAUUUGGAAAAUGUGACACAUGAGCAAGCGGUUGCCACACUCAAGUCAAUUACGGACAAAGUAACGUUGAUCGUUGGCAAGACGCAACAUCAAGUCAGCUCAUCACAGUCACAAUUCGGGCAGAUUAAUUCGCAUUCAACAGGUGCGAUUAAUAAUAUUGGAAAAACUGUUGUUGAUUUUGCUCGCUCACCAUCACCCUCAAUCACCACCACCACUAUCACCACGAACAACAACAACAAUGCCACGAGCAACACAACUAUCACUAAUAACAUCAACAAUAAUAUUCAAUCCGCAGUACCCGCCUCCUCCACAGCAGCUGGUGUUGUAGCAUCAACAUCCAGAUCCCAUUCACCUUUGCCUCAACCAGCAUCUAGGUAUGCGUCAUCGAAUGUACUGGCCGCUGUGCCACCUGGAACGCCACGUGCCGUCAGCACUGAGGAUAUUACACGUGAACCGCGCACAAUCACCAUACAAAAGGGUCCACAAGGUUUGGGCUUCAAUAUCGUCGGCGGCGAAGAUGGCCAGGGUAUCUAUGUGUCAUUUAUACUUGCUGGUGGGCCUGCUGACGCCGGCGGGGAGCUUAAACGUGGCGAUCAGCUCUUGAGCGUAAAUAAUGUCAGCCUAAAGAACGCUACCCAUGAAGAGGCCGCUCAGGCGUUGAAGAGUUCCGGUGGUGUUGUCACAUUAGUCGCACAGUAUCGCCCCGAGGAGUACAAUCGCUUUGAGGCGCGCAUACAGGAGCUGAAACAGCAGGCUGCAUUGUCGGCCGGCGGUACUGGCACACUGUUGCGCACCUCUCAAAAGCGUUCACUGUACGUGCGUGCGCUCUUCGAUUACGAUCCCAAUCGUGAUGAUGGGCUACCAUCGCGCGGUCUACCCUUCCGCCAUGGCGACAUACUACACGUGACAAAUGCUUCCGAUGAUGAAUGGUGGCAGGCACGUCGCGUGCUUGGCGACAGUGAAGACGAACAAAUCGGUAUUGUGCCAUCGAAACGACGAUGGGAACGAAAGAUGCGUGCACGCGAUCGAAGUGUUAAGUUUCAGGGUCACGCUGCAGCCAACAAUAACCUGGACAAGGUCAGUAAUGAGCAAUCGACGCUGGAUCGUAAGAAGAAGAAUUUCACGUUUUCACGGAAAUUUCCGUUCAUGAAGAGUCGCGACGAAAAAUUGGGAGAAGAUGGCAGUGAUCAAGAGCCAGCCAAUGGAGUUGUAAACAGCAAUAGUGAACUUGAUGUUAACAGUGUUAACAACAAUGAUUCAAGUGAACCACAACCUUUUAUGCUUUGCUACACACAAGACGAUGCCAAUGCUGAAGGAGGUAUGUACCAGUUACUUUACUGUUGUUUAACCAUUUACCACAUACUUACUACUUACUACAUGCAUAUAUAAAUAUGUUAAUAUACUAUACUCUGUACAACUCUUAUCUCUACAACAUACUACUUACUACUUAUUAACGUACCAUUAACUGUAGUUCACAUAUUUGCUCAUUUUCAUUUGAUUACUCUUGGUUACUAUA